CGCGAGAACAGGGCGGAUCUUGCGUUUGGUGCUCGAUCGCCGGUGAUAAACGGGCGGACGCUGGUGCGUCGGGCGUGCGGUGCACCGAGUGACCAAGCCUUCGCUACACCCGGGGGUUAUUUAUUAUGUUUAUGAGCUAGAGCGCGAGCGCUGGGCGGGAACAGCUCAGCAUCAUCCCUGAUGUGAGGACCGCGGGACUCAAGCAUGGAGACACGGGCCACACCUGUGCGCCAGCUGCGUUACCUGCGGACCUGUUGGAGACCACCGGGCACAGUCGCGCAGAUCGGGGCAUCGUUCAGCCCGGCGAUGGCGUUGUUGUGACAACCGGGUUCGAGAAAGACCUUAUGGGGCCCCUUGCGCAUCUACUUAUCAUUACUGGGUCCCGUUCAGACCGGACCGAACCUCGGUGUGUGUGAUUGUGAGACAAAGACCCCUGAAACCGAUGCGCCAUGGACGCGGUUCAGCUGGACGGGCUCGAGCCAUCACCGGAGGAGAACGGCAGUGUGUCGCAGUCUGCGCCGCACAAGCGGCUCUCGCAGGUGGACACGGUAGUCCUUCCGUUCCUCGGGGGGUUCGGGAGGUACCAGCGGCGCCUGGUGGCUCUGACGUGGAUCCCGGCGUUCCUCAUCUCGUUCAGCCAGUUCUCGGACCACUUUCUGCUCGGCCAACCGGACAGGAAGUGCGUCCGUCCGGAUCAGAACAGGACGAGUUCGGCUCGGGAUAUCUUCGAUCUGAUCGCGACCGGAAACGGCGCUGAGAGCAGCAACAUCACGGCAUGCGUGUGCCCGGAGUGGAGGUUCGAGCUGCAGUCGGGACUGCAGCAGAAUGUGGUCACCAAGUGGACGCUGGUGUGUGACGGCGAGUGGAAGGUCCACAUCGCUAAGUUCUCUCUGCUGGUGGGCUCGAUCGUGGGGUACCUGCUGAUGGGAGCGAUGGCAGACUGGUUGGGCCGGAUCCCCGUGCUGCUGGUGUCUGUGCUGUCUGUGCUGGUGUUCGGCUUGGCCGUGGCCUUCUCUGUGGAUAUGGCCAUGUUCAGCACGCUGCGCUUCUUCGAAGGCUUCUGUCUGGCGGCGAUCAGACUCUCGCUUUACGUCCUGAGGAUCGAGCUGUGUUUGCCCGCGUGGCGUUUCUCCAUGACGCUGAUCGCCAAUCUGAUCAUCGUGAUUGGUCAGCUGCUGAUGCCCGGUCUGGCGGCGCUGUGUCGUGAUUGGCAGAUCCUGCAGAUCGUCAUCAUCGCUCCGUUUGUGCUCAUGCUGCCGUACGUUUGGAUGUUUCCGGAGUCUCUGCGCUGGUUGCUGGUCACUCAACAUUACCAAAGAGCCAAGCAACAGAUGUACCGCAUCGCCCAUAGCAACAGCAUCGCCACGGCAACCGACUCCAGCGGCAUCCUCUCAGAGCUGGAGGCAGAGCUGCAGCAGAAGCCGAAGACGUACUGUGUGACGCAGAUAACUGGCACCAGAAACCUGUGGAAGAACACCGUGGUCCUGUGUGUGAACUCGUUGACGGGUUACGGCAUCCAUCACUGCUUCGCGCGCAGUGUUCUGGAGGGCAGCGCGUCUCAUCUUCACUAUUACGCGCUCGCGGCGAUCGCCAUCUCGUCCUGCCUGGUGCUGUUUCCGGUGGUGGCUGGCUUCGGCAGGAGAGGAGGACUGCUCACCUUCAUGAUCAUCACGGCUCUGGCGUCGCUGCUGCAGCUGGGUUUGCUCAACCUGAUCGGGAAGUACAGUCUAUUGCACGAUGCAGUUCUGCAGGACACACUGAACCAGCGCUUCUCGCACGCCUUCUCCAUCAUCGGGAUGUUCUCGUCUCAUGCGGUCAGCACACUCAGCAUCUUCUACUGCGCUGAGAUCACGCCGACGGUCAUCAGGGGUGGUGGUGUGGGUCUGGUCCUGGCGAGCGCAGGUUUCGGCAUGCUAACGGCACCGCUGAUGGAGCUCCACAAUCAGAAAGGUUUCUUUCUGCAUCACGUGAUCCUCACCUGUUGCACUCUGCUUUGCACCAUUUGCAUACCGUUGCUCCCGGAGACCGCUGGCCAACCGCUGCCCGAGACUAUCGCUGAGGGGGAGGGGCUUCUGCGGCAGCCCAUCCUCCCUGGAGAGCAGCACCACCUACUGGCCGGGACCGAAGUCAGGGAGUAUUCACGCGUUCAGGACACGCCUCUUCACCAAGUCGUAAACCCCGGCAAUGGCUUGGUGCCUAGCAACAGCACAGCCAAUGGUAUGAGGACGUCAUAAUGGUGUUUUCUAUGAACGUUCGAAUGAAGAGUUUUUAAACUGUGAAACGCGAAAAGUGCCAAACGCCUCAUUAACCAGCAUCUGUGAAGAUUACUACCAUUGAACAAACUGGAAAUGUUAUUUUAACUUGCAUUCACCGAAAUGAGCUCUAUUUUUUGAAUGGCCACUACCGAACAACAAACUCAUAGAGCAGUGUUUUUUUUUUUGUAAGUUUGGUAUUUAUUAAGGACAGAAUGACGUUGAUAGUAAGAACCGUCUGACUUCAUUCAUGCACGGAAGCUUGUUUCCAUCACAGGGUAAAAAGUAAAUAAAAAAGGUAUUUGCAAUGUUUUAUCUCGCAAAUCAUACUUUUUCUCGCGAUUCUAAGGAAAAAAGAAUCAAGAUACAAACCCAAGAUAUAAUUGGAAACUUUAAAAUAACAAAACUGAGAAAAGACAGAAUCGUAAGAUGAGACCAGAAUUGCAAAAUAUUAACUCGCAAUUCUGAGAAAAGUCAUAAUCGUAGGAUAUAAAUUAAAUUCAGAGGAAAAAAAAUCUAAAUUGUAAGAUAUAAACAGAAUUGCAAAAUUAAAACUAGCAAAUUCUGAGGUCAAAAUCGCACAAUAUAAACUCAGAAUCACAACGUUUUAAGCUGCAAUUCUGAGAAAAGUCAAAAUGAAAAGAUAUAAAAAUAGAAUUGAUAAAUUAAAACUUGCAAACCUGAAAUAAGUUAGAAUCGUGAGAUAUGAACCCAAUUCUGAGAAAAGUGAGAAUUGAAGAUAUAAACACAGAAUAGUAAAAUUAAAAAUCGCAAACCUGAAAAAAGUUAGAAUUGUAAGAUAUAAAACUAAUUCUAAGAAAAGUCAGAAUUGUAAGAUAUAAACACAGAAUAGUAAAAUUAAAACUCGCAAAUCUGAAACAAGUUAGAAUCGUGAGAUAUAAACCCAAUUCUAAGAAAAGUGAGAACUGUAAGAUAUAAACAUGGAUUCACAAAAUUAAAACUUGCAAACCUAAAAAAAGUCAGAAUUGAAGAUAUAAACCUAAUUCUAAGAAAAGUCAGAAUUGUAAGAUAUAAACCUAAUUCUAAGAAAAGUCAGAAUUGUAAGAUAUAAACAUAGAAUAGUAAAAUUAAAACUCGCAAACCUGAAAAAAGUCAGAAUUGUAAGAUAUAAAUAUAGAAACGCAAAAUUAAAACUCGCAAACCUGAAAAAAGUUAGAACUGUAAGCUAUAAAACUAAUUCUGAGAAAAGUCAGAAUUGUAAGAUAUAAACAUAGAAUCGCAAACCUGAAAAAGUUAGAACUGUAAGAUAUAAACCCAAUUCUGAGAAAAAUGUUAGAAUGGUAAGAAAUAAACAUAGAAUCGCAAAAUUUAAACUCGCAAACCUGAAAAAAGUUAGAAUUGUAAAAUAUAAACCUUAUUCUGAGAAAAGUCAGAAUUGUAAGAUAUAAAUAUAGAAACGCAAAAUUAAAACUCGCAAACCUGAAAAAAGUUAGAACUGUAAGAUAUAAACCUAAUUGUGAGAAAAGUCAGAAUUGUAAGAUAUAAAUAUAGAAUCGCAAAAUUAAAACUCGCAAAUCUGAAUAAAAAUUAGAAUUGUAAGAUAUAAAAACCUAAUUCUGAGAAAAGUCAGAAUUGUAAGAUAUAAAUAUAGAAUCGCAAAAAUAGAACUCGCAAACCUGAAAACGUUAGAAUUGUAAGAUAUAAACCUAAUUCUGAGAAGUCAGAAUUGUAAGAUAUAAACAUAGAAUCGCAAAAUUAAAAAUGGCAAACCUGAAAAAAUGGCAAACCUGAAAAAAGUUAGAAUUGUAAGCUAUAAAUACAGAAUCGCAAAAUUAAAACUCGCAAGCCUGAAAAAAGUUAGAACUGUAAGAUAUAAACCCAAUUCUAAGAAAAAUGUUAGAACGGUAAGAUAUAAACAUAGAAUCGCAAAAUUAAACUCGCAAACCUGAAAAAGGUCAGAAUCGUAAGAUAUAAACUUGCAAUUCUGAGGAAAAAAAAAAUGUUGUAAAAAAAAAAAAAGUUAGAAUUAAAAACUUUUUUUAUAUAACAAAGUCGCAAUUACCCUUUUUAUUUAUAAUUUUUUUUAUCCUGUGGCAGAAACAAGUUUCCAUAUUCAUGACACAAAUUAUAUGCACAAAUUGUUUAGUAAACUCUUUUCAUUCAUAGAAAUGGUUAAGCACAUCAGAAAUACGUUUUGGCUCAUGUUUCAUGAAUGAAGUAUGCUGUUCUUGUGUACCUCACUAUGUUCAGGUUUUAAUAUUCUGUCUGUUUUGCACUAAAACUAGAAAAGCAAUCACGAGUCGGCCAGAUGAAUCUGAAAUGAACGCGUGUGAAACCACGACUGGACAGAUGAUGGCUGCUACAAAAACAACAACAACAAAAACAGCACUAUGUAAUGGUCUGCUCUUAACCCUUGUGCGUCAAUUUAAAAGACAAAAUGUCAACAACAAAAAAAAGGUCAUUUUGCAUUAACAAAAAAAUGUGUAAAAGACUAAAAGUACCUAAAGACGUACAAGGGUUAACAUGCAAACAUCCACAAACUCAAAAACCAAACUUAACAGGGAUGAAACUUGUCAGGAAAGUGCCCUGGGACACAUUUCACAUCAAAAUCUAAAGAAAUAACAAAUGAUGUUUUGCAUUAACAAAACAAAGCCUUUGUUUAGACUCGGUAUGCUAAUAUGAAGUUAAAAAUGUCAAUGUCAAGUAAUGAGAAUUGAAUGACAAUCAUUAGAAUAAUACAAAUAAGAAGUACGAAGGUAUAACGUGCAGAUGCAUUACGAAAAUGAGAUUUGUUUUAUUGCAUUGUGUUAAAUUGUUAUUAACAUAAUGUCACAAUGCAGAAACAGGCUUCAUUUUAUUGCUUUAUUUUGUGAAAUGUGACUCAGACAUUCACUUGAUUCAUAAAUGUGAACUCGGGCCGACGUGGAGCAAGACCACUAGAAGGGCUGCUUAUUGUUUUCAUAUAUAUUUAACAAUUAUUGCUAGUAUUAUUAAUGUGUAGAGUAGCAGUGGAGUAACUUGAACAUCACACAAACUCCUGUUUAUCCUCAAACUACUGAAUAAGAAACCAAAUGAAGAACAAAAACGACAUCGUUUGCGGUUUUAAACAGUGAUUGUGUGUGUAUAUAUAUAUAUACAGGAUUCUGGGAUAUAUGUAUAUUUAUCUCUGAAUAUGAGUUUUGUCAUUUCACAUCCUAAUGGCAAGAGUAAUAAUGAAUAAUCAGAAACAAGCAAAGGAUCAAAUUUCACUUUUUCAACACUAAAGCACUCCAUAAUACUUCAAAUACUGAUUAAAGCACAUUGUUAAGAGCACACUGGAGUCGAUCUCACAAAAUCAAAAAUAUUUCCAGGUCAUAUUUCACCCCAAAAAUAACAAAAACAAAGGGCAAAUUAUAUUUUUCUUAAAGAAAAUUAAGUACCAAAAAUAUGAUUUUAAUGUGGAAAAACAUUUAUUUAAUUGUCAAGCACCUUUGUAUAUAUACAAAACAAAAAACAAAAAAUAUUAAUUAAAAAAUAUAUAUAUUAAAAUGAUUAAGAAGUGUCACAAUGCAAUGCGAUCUUGAGUAAAAAAAAUUAAAUCCUUUAGAUUUUGGUAUGAAACAUGACCUGGACACGCAUUAAUGAGAUUCACUCAAACACAAAGUGCAUAAAAUUUGCAAAAGAGACUGAAACAUUGAAAGGCAUCAGUGUAUUUUUCUGUAUUUGACUUUCACGUGUCAUUUUGACCAUUAGAAUUAAAAGAGGAUUUAAUACAUAUAGAAGUUCAUUUGAAGACAUUGCACUUGUAAAUAAAUACCAUUUUCUAAUACAA